AUGAACAUCUUUACUAAGGUCCCAGGAUUUGCCCAACAAACCAGGUAUGUCGUGAGCCGGGGCCCGCAGCCCCCCCCGUUCAGGUGUGGAGGCGAGGAGGAGGGCGGCUCGUUGGCUGGACGUCCCACCUCCAGGAUGUCUCCAUGCAAGCUGGGGUCUGUGCUCCAACGUGCCUUCUACGGGUCCAGUGGGAGGGUGACCCUUUUCGAGCAGAGGAACUUCGCCGGCAGACGGCUGGACCUGACGUCCGACUGCCAGAAAAUCAGUGACAAGAACUUCCCCGAGAGAUGCAACUCUGUGCAGGUGGAGAGUGGGGCAUGGGUCGGGUUCGAGCAUGAGAACUACCGGGGCCGUCAGUACCUGUGGGACAUGUGUGACCGAGGAGAGUACAACUGCUACGACAGGUGGUGCGCCCAGGUGGACCACAUCUCCUCCGUCCGCGCUGUCAAACAGGACAACUCCGCUCCCCGAGCCCAGCUGUUUGAGCGCGCCGGCUUCUCCGGGAAGAAGACGGAGAUCCAGGACGACAUUCCUAACCUGAUGAGCCGUUACAGCCUCAACCGAGCCGCCUCCAUCCGGGUCCUGGGAGGAUCGUGGGUGGUGUACCAGGAGCCCAACUACAGAGGUCCUCAUUACGUCCUGGAGAAGCGCGACUACAACAACUCGUCUGAAUGGGGCAGCCAGAGCAGCACCGUGGGCUCCAUGCGCCGAGUCCGCUUCAGCUGA